AUGCUGGCGGCCGCUACGCCUCUAGCACAACGGCCACUUUGGUUCGUCGUCGUGCCUCUAAUGCUAGUGCUGUUGCCUGUCAUCUGCCGACGCCUCCACCACCGCCCCAACGCCGGUGACGACGAGAGGAAGCAGUCGAAGCCUCUCCUGCCGUCGCCUCCGGGGAGGCUGCCGGUCAUUGGCCACCUGCACCUCAUCGGCGACAUCCCACACGUCUCCCUCCGUGACCUCGCCACCAAACAUGACCGUGGUGGCGGCCUCAUGCUCCUCCAACUCGGCACCGUCCCCAACCUCGUCGUCUCCUCCCCACACGCGGCGCAGGCGGUCCUCCGGACGCACGACCACGUCUUCGCCUCGCGGCCGACGCCCAAGGUCUUGCACAACUUCCUGUACGGGUCGUCGACCAUCGCCUUUGGACCCUACGGUGAGCACUGGCGUAUGGUUAGGAAGCUUGUCACCACGCGCCUCUUCACCGUCAAGAAGGUGAACUCGUUUCACCAUGCCCGCCAAGAGGAGGUGCGCCUGGUGAUUGCCAAGCUGAAGAAGGCCAUGGCUACAGGCAUGGCAGUGGACAUGAGCGAGACGAUGAACACGUUCGCCAACGACAUCAUGUGCUGCGUGCUGUCGGGCAAGUUCUUCAGGGAAGACGGCCGGAACAAGACCUUCCGGGAGCUGAUUGAGAUGAAUGUUGCCCUGUAUGCAGGGUUUAGCCUAGAAAACUAUUUCCCAGGGCUUGUGAAUUCGCUAGGUAUCUUCACCAGGUUGGUGAGCAGAAAGGCGGACGAGACGCAUGAAAGAUGGGACGACGUGCUUGAAAAUAUCAUAAGCGACCAUGAGAGGCGAGCUGAGCAAGAAGAGAGUGCAGACUUCGUUGACCUGAUGCUCUCUGUUCAACAAGGGUACGGUAUCACCAGAGAUCAUAUCAAGGCCAUCUUGAUGGACCUGUUUGAUGCGGGCACGGGCACAUCAUACUUGACGCUUGAACUUGCCAUGGCUGAGCUCAUGCGCCACCCUCAUAUCAUGACCAAGCUACAAGCUGAGGAGACGCUAAGGUUACACCCACCUGCUCCACUGCUCUUGCCUUACCAAUCUAUGGUGGACUGUGACAUCGAUGGGCAUACAAUCCCCUCUGGAACUCGAGUCAUCAUCAACGCUUGGGCUGUCUGUAGACAUGUAGAGUCGUGGGAGAAAGCAGAGGAGGAGUUCAUGCCGGAGAGGUUCAUGGAUGAUGGUAGGGCUGCAGCCGUCGACUUCAAGGGGAAUGACUUCCAGUUCAUACCAUUUGGAGCUGGUCGAAGGAUGUGCCCUGGCAUCAACUUUGGGUUGGCCACUGUUGAGAUCAUGCUGGUAAACCUCAUGUACUGUUUUGAUUGGGGGCUGCCGGCUGGUAUGGACAAGGAGGAUAUUGAUAUGACAGAGGUUUUUGGAUUGACUGUUCACCGAAAGGAGAAGCUCAUGCUCGUUCCGAAACUACCUGGAAGCGCUUGCUGCGCAUAA